AAAACAUACAACAGCCGGUGUUCGCUGGUGGUCACCCACCCAACUACUAAUCUGCCGGUUAGAGGCUUGUCUAUGGGGGAGCAGACGGGACCCCGAAUUCUCCUCUACCUAUGGUCGUAUGUACUUGAUAUGCUGAUGGAUCAACUGAUAAGGAGCUUGGUGUUGAAGCUGCAAGACCAAAAAGCAAAAACAUACAACAGCCGGUAUUCGUCACACACCCAACUACUAAUUUGCUGGGUUGCUGAUGAUAUAGCCAAUUAG